AUGGCGCCCGUGUGCACGCUGCUGGUGUGGGCGGCGCAGCGCCGCGGCCACGUGCUGGCCGACUCGCUUACCUUCCCCGUCAAUGGCAUCUCGCGCAACAACUUUACGGUGUCGAUCAACAACCGCAAGCACCGCAGCGGCGAGCGCGUGGAGGUGGCCGUGUACGGCGAGCCCGGCGCCUACGUGGGCCUGUCUGCCAUCGACGACGCCUUCUACACCAUGCAGGCCGGCAACGAGCUCACCUACGCCAAGGUGAUUUCGAAAAUGUCGCACUUCGACGAAGCAACUAACGGCACGUUUUCGUAUACGUUCCGCUCGCACUUUGGCGACCCAGAUGAACUCGUCUACUUCCCCUCAUCCAGCUUCGGCAUCGACGCGAACAGGACUUUUGAGUACGCGGGGCUGGUGGUGUUCAGUGACGUGGAGCUGACGCGGCGGCCCGGCAGCUGCGCGGCGGCGCAGGGGCUGGCCGAGUGCCUGGACGGCGGCUGCUUCCCGCUGGACAAGCGCUGCGACGGCGUCGCCGACUGCGCCGACCGCACCGACGAGGCCGGCUGCUCACACGACGACUCGCGGUCGCUGCAGCACUUCCGCAAGUUCCGGUUCAACCGCGUGCUGCGGCAGUACGAGAACGCGUGGCUGUGGCGCGACGUGAACAUCGGGCCGCACGGCCGCUUCGUGUUCACCGCGGACGUGCCGCAGGCGCCGGCGCGCUGGACGCUCUCCGCCUUCAGCAUGUCGCCCAGCUCCGGCCUGGCCGUGCUGCCCAAGCCCGUGCGGUAUGAUGGUGUGCUGCCAUUCUUCAUCAAAGUGGAAGGCCCGGAUCGCUGCAAGCAGGGCGAGCAGCUCGGUCUCCGCGUCGUGGUGUUCAACUAUCAGCCGCAGGACAUCGAAGCCAUCGUCGUGCUGGCCGCCUCGCCCGACUACAAGUUUGUGCAUGUCGAGGAAAACGGAUUUGUGCGGUCGUACAACCCGCGCACGUCGUUCGGCGAGCAUCAGUUCUUCGUGUACAUCAGCGCGGGGGACGCCGCCACCGUGUACGUGCCCGUGGUGCCGGCGCGCCUGGGCAAAAUGCGCGUGCGUCUGCACGCCUCCACGCUCAUGGGCCAGCACCACUACGUCAAGGACAUCCUCGUCGAGGCGGACGGAAUACCACAGUAUCGUCACCAGUCAGUGCUCCUGGACCUGUCGAAUCGCGCCUAUGUGUUCCAGUACAUGCACGUGAAUGUUACGGAAACGCCCAUUAUUCCGUACGAAGUGGACCGUUACUACGUGUACGGGUCGAAUAAAGCGCGAGUUACAGUCGUCGGAGAUGUGGUGGGGCCGCUGUUCCCGACUAUGCCUGUUAACGCCACCAGUUUGCUCGACUUACCUAUGGACUCGGCGGAGCAGAACAUGUUCAGCUUCGCGGCCAACAUGUACCUGACGCUGUACAUGCGGCUCACCAAUCAGCGCAACCGCACGCUGGAACGCGACGCCUUCGCACACAUGAAUGUGCUGUACCAGCGCCAGCUCUCCUUCAUGAAGCCCGACGGCUCCUUCAGCCUGUUCCGCAGCGACUGGAAUCAAUCGGCUUCGAGUGUGUGGCUGACAUCAUUUUGCGCCAAAAUAUUGCAAGAAGCAUCCUUCAACGAAUGGGAGAAUUAUAUCUACAUUGACCCUGAUCUAAUCUCGAUGGCGGUGUCCUGGAUAUUGGAGCAUCAGACCCCGGAAGGUGCGUUCUACGAGGUGACGUGGUCACCUGAUCGCAACGCCAACUCUUCUAUCUCCGUACCCGCAAAUUCUGGACUGUUCCGUGGACCAGCUGGACACCUGGGUGUAGAGGUGAACGACACCAUUAUACUGCAACGUAACGUCACACUUACGGCCCAGGUCGUCGUCACCUUGGAAUCUGUCAAGAGUCUGAAGGACAUCGGAUUUAGAGAGGGUCUGAGCGCGCGUGUGGCGCAGGCACAGCGCAACGGGAUCUUGUGGCUGGAAAAGAACCUGAAGCUACUGCAGGAGUACGGCUCGCCCUACUCGCUGGCGCUGGUCGCCUACGCGCUCACCUUCAGCAAGGCGCCCAGCUCCGAGCACGCCUUCCGACUGCUCAAGCGGAAGCAGCGUUCCGAAGGUGGACUGGUGUACUGGGGCAUCGAGCCGGUGCCGCAGCCGCCGUUCAAGAUGGAGAACCAGAAGCCGUUCCUGCUGCCGCGGCUGCCGUACAAGUACGACUCCAACAACAUCGCGGCCACCGCCUACGCGCUGCUCACCUGCAUGGACCACCAGGACAACAACGAGCCCAUUGUCAUGUGGCUCAAUGCACAGAGGCUGAAGGACGGCGGCUGGGCUUCCACGCAGGACACUUACAUCGCUCUGCGCGCCCUCAUCGAAUACACGAACCGCAAACGUCUGCGCGACGUGAGCGCGCUCACCGUGGGCGUGGAUGCCGUGGCGCUGCGGGGGCAAACGCGCACGCUCACGUUGCGCAACGACAACCUGGCGCUCAUGCACAGCAUAGAGAUUCCGGAGGCGGGGGGCACAGUGAAGGUGACUGCUCGAGGCGCGGGGUACGCGCUGCUGCAGCUGUCGGUGCAGUACAACGUGGACGUGCCGCGUUUCCAGACGCCGCCCCCACUGCGCGCCUUUGAGCUGCGCACGCAGGCUAGCUUCUACGGGCGGAAUCAGUCGCACGUCGACUAUCGCAGCUGCGCCAGCUGGACGCUGGUUUCGGAGUCGGAGCGGUCGGGCAUGGCGGUGCUGGAGGUGGGCGUGCCCACGGGCUACAUGAUCCAGCAGCAGCGGCUCGACGCCUACGUGCUGUCGCGCACCGUGCCCACGCUGCAGCGCGCCAAGUUCCAGCCAGACAAACUGCUCUUCUACUUCGACUACCUGGACAAGGAGCCCACGUGCGUAAACUUCACGAUCGAGCGGUGGUUCCCCGUGGCGAACAUGUCACGGUACUUGCCAAUACGAGUCUACGACUUCUAUGCACCAGAGCGGUUCAACGAGACGAUCUUCGACGCGCUGCCGACUUACCUGCUGAACAUCUGCGAGGUGUGCGGCUCCUCGCAGUGCCCGUACUGCGCCAUCUACAACGCGGCCGCGCGCCCCGCCGCCGGCGCCGUCCUGCUCGCACUCGCCGCCGUGCUGCUCGCACGUUUCGCACAACCACUCCGGCAAACGCACUAG